AGCAGUGGCCUUGGCACUUAGCUACCUCUUCGAUUUCGCUUGCACAGAGAAGAAAAGGGCCGCUAACGCAUUUGUACCGUGUUUCUGGAUUAUGUCGGCGAGUGACGACUCUGUCGACUUGGCCAGAACAGACUCACCAGGUCAUCAUCGAAAAAAGCACAAUAUGGACUCAUCUCGAUCUCCGAGAAGCUCCAAACACCAUCAUUCACGGUCAAGGUCACGCUCCAGGGAUAGAAAACGUGACAGAAAAAACAGACGGAGUCGCAGCAGGAGCAAAGAGGCACGAAGGAGGGACUCCGAGAAGCCGUCAAAAUCGCACAGAAAAACAGACGAGCGGCUCGAGCAGGAGAGACAUUCUGCAGAAAACGGAGAGGAGCGAUCUAGACGGAAGGAGAGGAAGUCUUCGAGAGGCCGGAGCUUGUCCAAGUCACACUCAAGAGAGAGAAAGCACCACAGCAGAAGCAGGGACAAACGCCGAUCGCGGUCACGCAGCCGGGAUAAGAAGAAGAAGGCUCGCUCUCGUUCAGGCUCAAGAACCAAACAUCGCCAUCACAGCAGAAGUCGCAGUAAGAGCAGGGAGCGGAAAAAAAGAACGGAAAAAGUGCGCAGAAAGAGUCGAAGCCGGUCUGUAAACCCGCCUGCCUUCCGGGGCAGAAACACAGCCAUGGACGCACAGGAAGCGCUGGCCAGAAGGCUGGAGAGAGCAAAGAAACUACAAGAGCAGAAGGAGAAGGAAAUGUUUGAGAAACAGCAGCAGCAGCAACAACAGCAGCAGCAACAACAACAACAACAACAACAACAACAACAACAACAGGAGAUAGUUGCUGCUCCGUUCACAGUCGCAGCGCCCAUCGCAGCUGCAGCCGCCGCCGCUGCCGCCGCCGCGUCCAACCCCGCCCUCAACGUGGCAGCCCUGCUGGCCUCCGGGACGCAGGUCACGCCUCAGAUCGCGAUGGCAGCGCAGAUGGCAGCUCUUCAAGCGAAGACCCUGGCUGAGACUGGCAUCGCCGUGCCCAGCUACUACAACCCGUCUGCCGUGAACCCCAUGAAGUUCGCAGAGCAGGAGAAAAAGAGGAAAAUGUUGUGGCAAGGAAAGAAAGAUGGGGACAAGUCCCAGACGGCUGAGCUGUGGGAGAAACUAAACUUUGGAAACAAGGACCAAAAUGUAAAAUUUCGUAAACUAAUGGGUAUUAAUAAAGGAGAUGAUGAGACAGAAGCUUCCAAACCACUUAACGACGAAGGCCUGAAGACUCUCCAAAAGCAGGAGGAAAUGUUCAGGAACCUGGACGUUCAGUACGAGAUGGCUCGCUCUCAGACUCAUACUCAGAGGGGAAUGGGCCUCGGCUUCUCCUCCUCCUUCUCACGUGGAAUGGAUUCUUUCUAGUGCCAAACGCCGGCUGCAUUCGCCACUCAUCCGAUCAUCAAGGACUACCAAUUCAUCGCUAGCUCUCAAGCUUGCAUGGAUGUUGCUUCGAAUCUGUAACUUAUUUAUAGACAAAGGUCUCAUAUGUUUGAACAUGGUAUUGUAAAUAGCCAAAUGCUGAGUCUGUCUCAGUGAUUAAUAAUCUGUACAUCUUCGGAAAGAGGCAUCAGGAUGGGAUGAUGCCGAAUGAUUAGAUAUUUGUUUUGAAUACUGUGGUAGCUUUUUUAAGAAAAAAACAACAAAAACCAGACAACUCCACUAUAUAUUGAUGUGAUCGUUUCAACAUACACUGAAUAUAACGUGGAUCAAGUGAACACUUGUUUACAUCAAUUUAGGAAAAAAAAAAAAAGGCAUUCUACAUCAAUGUAGCGUUAUCUGGGAAGUUCCACUUAUCCAGACUU